AUGAACGGUGGAUUUGGCAUGAAAAAGCAUCUCAUGCAUGUUUCAAACCCCCAAGAGUGUUCUCUUUGUAAGCAAAUUUUCUUUACACCUCAAGACCUAAUCUCACAUUACAACACUUUUCACUCCAAUUAUCAUGUUCCCACCACCUUCCGCCACCACUACCCAUACCCUAAUUGCCGGGGCGCCCCUUAUCCUGCUUUGCCGGGGAUGAACCGUUUCGACUUGAAUUAUCACCGUAGUGGUCGUAUAGAUGAACAACGGAGGUUUUGUAAAGGAUUUCCAGCGAACACUCCAGCCAACUAUUCUAACUUUAUGCAGCAGGAGAAGCCGAAGCUGAUGAAUCUUUUUCCGGCGAUGUCAUCGGAGUGUACUCGUACGCUUCCGCUUCUUUGCCAGCUGGAGCAACGUGGACCGCAGGAGACUGUAACCGAGAAAGACUGGGCCAUAUCGAGUCCCAUCGACUUGACUUUAAGGCUGUGA